UGCUGCUAAACUUCUGAAUGAGAGCGGAGACUCUGCGCUGUGGUUUUGCUUUGUACUUGCAUCACAAAGUUAUACUUGGUAUCAGAGCACAGGAAUAGAGAGAUAUGGAGAACUUGGUGGCUGGCUCCAACCUUCCUCCUCUUUUUACAGACGAAGAUGGAGCUAAGGAAGGUAGUGAAAUUGCUGUAACUGGACUAGCUCAUUCUGAGAGUUCAUUCAGUGGUGGAACUUCACAGUCUGUGAAUAACCCAGAAUUGGUGGAGGAUUUGUCACAGGUCCAGCAGCUUCAAAAUGAGUCCUCUAAUACUGCUGAAAACACUGAGCAGAAGCCUGAAGAGGAGCAGCAAAGAACUAAACGAGGAGGCUGGGCCAAAGGGAGAAAGAGGAAGAAACCCCUCAGGGACACCAAUGCCCCCAAAUCCCCCCUCACAGGGUAUGUGCGAUUCAUGAAUGAGCGUAGGGAGCAGCUUCGAGCAAAGAGGCCUGAAGUCCCUUUCCCAGAGAUCACCAGGAUGCUGGGCAAUGAAUGGAGUAAACUGCCUCCUGAGGAGAAACGGCGAUACCUUGAUGAAGCAGAUAGAGAUAAGGAGCGUUAUAUGCGGGAACUGGAGCAGUAUCAGAAGACCGAAGCCUACAAAGUCUUUAGCAGAAAAGCACAGGACAGACAAAAAGGCAAAUCACACAGACAAGAUGGAGCAAGGCAACCGGCCCAUGAUCAUGAGAAAGAAGCAGAUACGAAGGAGAGAUCAGUUUUUGAUAUUCCAAUUUUCACAGAAGAGUUCCUGAAUCAUAGUAAAGCCCGUGAAGCUGAGCUGCGGCAGCUGCGCAAGUCCAACAUGGAGUUCGAGGAGAGGAAUGCUGCUUUACAGAAGCACGUGGAGAGCAUGCGCACUGCUGUGGAGAAGCUGGAGGUGGAUGUGAUCCAGGAGCGCAGCCGCAACACAGUGCUGCAGCAGCAUCUGGAGACCUUACGUCAGGCUCUCACUACCAGCUUUGCUGGAGUUCCGCUACCAGGUAGUGGGGAGACACCCACGCUGGAGACUAUUGAUUCCUACAUGAACAGACUGCACAGUAUUAUAAUGGCCAACCCACAGGAGAAUGAGAACCUCAUAGCCGCAGUGCGAGAUGUGGUAAACAGGCUUGAACGCUAGUGACUGGGUGUCGUCACCCAGGGAUGCUUUACAAAAUUUUUUUGGCCAGUGUGGAAUAAGAAGCCAUGAGGGAAAGACUAGGGGUGGGAGGCAGAACUGCAGGUUUGUCCUGGUCACUGCCUUGGGUUUGUCAGUGAGACAAACAGCUCAAAAAGGUCUGAAGAAGCCAGGGACACCACCCACUAAACAUUGGAACUGUCCUCUGUGUAAAUGUUUAAGAGCAUGCAACUUCUGUGCCGUCUUCACUGCCUGACUAGCAUUGCUGGGUGUGAGGGUGCAUACAUUCUGUUGGCUGGCUGGCUCUGGAGGUGGAACAUUGCAACUUGUGGAAUGGACUCAGCUGAUAUGUUGUAGUGAUCUUUGGUGUGCUGUUACUGCCUGAUGUCUUCUAGUGUCUUUUAUUUUGUUUUCAUGUUUAUCUUGUGGGAUUACCUUCCUCUACUUUACAUUCUUUUGAUCUUGCUAUCUGAUACUUGGAGUGCUGGAUAGCAGUGCUUGUGUUCUCUGCUGUAACAGGCAGUCUUUCUUGCUGUACUGUCUUGUCCUGCCCUGCCUGUCAUAUCUAUAUAAGCUUCUCUUCAGCAGAAUCCCAUUCUUUUGUGUUAGCCUGCAAUUUCUACAAUGUGAGUAUGCUCCCUCCUAGAGAAUGGCUGUGGCUGGUGCUUUGUGACUUGAUUUUACUAUGAGACAAACUUCCUUGGUUCUUCCUUUCUUCAAGCACCUCUCUUGCACAUAGCACCCUGCUCUUCUGUGGAAGUCUGCUGUUACCUCUUGAAAGUAUUUGGUGGGGCAUUUUGCUACUACGAAGAUCAGUGGUAAUGAA